AAAAGCUUUAGAUCCAAACAAACAAACAAACAUUAUUAUUUGAAGACUCCCACCGUGACUAGAUUCAACCCCACGGGUACUGACAAUCAACAUGAGAACGGCCCGUGGAAGUGCCAAGGGCCGCACGCGGGGGCAACCACAUGCUCGUGGAAGGGUGAACACAUCUUUUCAAGUUAGAGAUUCAAAAGCAGGUGCCACGCCUCACAUGCAAAUGGAACACAUUGCAUCAGUUAGCCGAAGUAGCGGGCUCGAACAAGGCGGGGAUGCCUUGAAGGAUUCCAAGGUGCAAGAGCAGUACAGAGUGUUCGUGGGUGAGAAGCUGCACAAGUUCUGGACAGAGAAACAGACAAAGAAUGGACAGGAGAACAUCUUAAUUUUGUUUCGAAAGCUUAGAGAAGGAAUCUUCGCGUCCAAGCGGAGUGAUGCCUUUGCAAUCGAAGUGUACGAAAUCUCUCUUUGCCUCUCCGCGCUAUUCGACUCUCCAAUCCAGACAUCUUCUAUUCUCUCUCACCUCCUCCCCGAACUCUACACCUCUGCAUCAAUCCAGCCUCCGAUCAGCUCCGUGCUGAUAUCUCUCCUCCACCACCUGAUCGCAGGAUAUCCAUCGCAAAAAACCUACUUCGAACAUCUUUCAUGCCUCUCGCCCAACGAAGCAUAUGCAUGGAUAUCAAAUCUAGCAACGAGUCUCCGCACCCUUAACUAUAUCAGGGUUGAAGCGCUUUCGCGGCACGAUGUAUACAGGCAUAUCCUUUCUGUUUCCAAGUCAUCUGACGAGACAAACGAUGAACUGGUCCGUCUAUCACAAGAUGCAGUGCACGCGCUCGUGGAACGGCUGAGAAGCAAAGCGAGGGAUAAGGCGUGGGUGGUGCUGCGCAGUGCAUAUCGGGAGCUAUCAGCCUCAGAAGAGACCCAGACUUGGAUGACCAAAUGCCUUACUGCUUUCAACCGAGCAGACGUCCGAGAGUGGAUGAAUGAGCGGUGCCGAGACGGUCACCUUCGGCCGAAGGAAGGGACAGUAGGAAGAUGGAUUGUAUGCAAGGUCAGAUAACUGCUACUACUCAUGUUAAUGUUAAUCUAGUGUACGAUAGAAUGGUUAUGAUGACUUUUGACCUCA